GACAACGCUCACAACAGUGACAACGAUGACAACAGUGACAACGAUGACAACCGUGACAACAGUAACAACGAUGACAACAGUGACAACGAUGACAACGGUGACAACAGUGACAACGGUGACAACAGUGACAACGAUGACAACGGUGACAACAGUGACAACGAUGACAACAGUGACAACGAUGAAAACGGUGACAACAGUGACAACGAUGACAACGGUGACAACAGUGAAAACAGUAAACAACGGUGACAACAGUGAAAACGGUGACAAAGGUGACAACAGUGACAACGGUGACAACAGUGACAACGGUGACAACAGUGACAACAGUGACAACGAUGACAACGGUGACCACAGUGACAACGGUGACAACAGUGACAACGGUGCAACAGUGACAAAGAUGACAACAGUGACAACAGUGACAACGGUGACAACCGUGACAACGAUGACAACAGUGACAACGAUGACAACAGUGACAACAAUGACAACGGUGACAACAGUGACAAUGAUGACAAUGGUGACAACAGUGACAACGGUGACAACGGUGACAACAGUAACAACGACGACAACAGUGACAACGAUGACAACGGUGACAACAGUGACAACGGUAACAACAGUGACAACAGUGACAACGGUGACAACAGUGCCAACGGUGACAAAACUAAGAACAGUGACAACGGUGACAACAGUGACAUCGAUGACAACGGUGACAACAGUGACAACGGUGACAAGAGUGACAACGAUGACAACGGUGACAAAAGUGACAACGGUGACAAAGGUGACAACCGUGACAACAGUGAAAAUGGUGACAUCAGUGACAACGAUGACAACAGAGACAACGCUGACAACGGUGACAACAGUCACAACGGGGACAACAGUGACAACAGUGACAACGGUGACAACAGUGACCACGGUGAGAACAGCGACAACAGUGACAACGGUGACAACGGCGACAAAAGUGACAACAGUGACAACAGUGACAAGGGUAACAACAAUGACAACAGUGACAACAGUAACAAAAACGACAACGGUGACAACGGUAACAACAGUGGCAAUCGUGAAAAUAGUGACAACAGUGAAAACGGUGACAACGGUGACAACAGUGACAACGGCGACAACGGUAACAACGGAGACAACAGUGACAACGGUAACACGGUGACAACGGUGACAGCGGUGACAACAAUGACAACACUGACAACCGUGACAACAGUGAAAACAGUGACCACGGGGACAACAGUGAAAAAAGUGACAACGGUAAAAAGAGUGAAAAAAGUGAUAACAAUGACAACAGUGACAACGGUCACAACAGUAACAACAACGACAACGGUAACAACGGUGACAACGGUGACAACAGUGACAACCGUGACACGGUGAAAACGGUCACAACAGUGACAACGGUGACAACGUUGACAACAGUGACAACGGUGACAAGAGUGACAACAGUGACAACGAAGACAACGGUGACAACAGUGACAACGGUGACAACGGUGACAACAGUGACAACGAUGACAAUAGUGACAACGAUGACAACGGUGAAAACAGUGACAACGGCGACAACGGUAAAAACAGUGACAACGGUGACAACAGUAAGAACAGUGACAACGGUGACAACAGUGACAACGAUGACAACAGUGACAACGAUGACAACAGUGACAACGGUAACAACAGUGACAACAGUGACAACGGUGACAACAGUGACAACGUAGACAACAGUAAGAACAGUGACAACGGUGACAACAGUGACAACGAUAACAACAGUGACAACGAUGACAACGGUGACACCAGUGACAACGGUGACAACAGUGACAACGAUGACAAGAGUGACAACGAUGACAACGGUGACAAAAGUGAAAACGGUGACAACAGUGACAACGAUGACAACAGUGACAACGAUGACAACGGUGACAAAAGUGACAACGGUGACAAAGGUGACAACAGCGACAACAGUGAAAAUGGUGACAACAGUGACAACGAUGACAACAGAGACAACGAUGAGAACGGUGACAACAGUCACAACGGUGACAACAGUGACAACAGUGACCACGGUGAGAACAGCGACAACAGUGACUGCGGUGACAACGGUGACAACGGCGACAACGGCGACAAAAGUGACAACAGUAACAACAGUGACGAGGGUGCCAACAAUGACAACAGCGAAAACCGUAACAACAACGACAACGGUGACAAAGGUGACAACGGUAACAACAGUGGCAAUCGUGAAAAUAGUGACAACAGUGAAAACGGUGACACGGUGACAACGGCGACAACGGUAAGAACGGAGAGAACAGUGACAACAGUAACAAGGUGACAACGGUGACAAUAACGACAACACUGACAACCGUGACAACAGUGAAAACAGUGACCACGGGGACAACAGUGACAACAGUGACAACGGUAAAAAGAGUGAAAAAAGUGAUAACAAUGAAAACAGUGACAACGGUGACAAUGGUGAAAACAGUGAAAACGGUGACACCGGUGACAACAGUGACAACUGUCACACGGUGAGGACAACGAUGACAACAGUGGCAACGACGACAACGGUGACAACAGUGCAAAAAGAUGACAAAGGUGACAACAGUGACAACGAUGACAACAGUGAGAACAGUAACAACGGUGACAACAAUGACAACGAUGACAACGGUGAAAAAAGUGACAACGGUGACAACGGUGACAACAGUAACAACGAUGACAACAGUGAGAACAGUAACAACGGUGACAACAAUGACAACGAUGACAACGGUGACAACGGUGAAAAAAGUGACAACGAUGACAACGGUGACAACAGUGACAACGAUGACAACAAUGACAACGGUCACAAUAGUGACAACGAUGAAUACAAUGACAAUGGUGACAUCCGUGACAACAGUGACAACGGUCACAACAGUGACAACGAUUACAACGGUGACAACGGUGACAACAGUGACAACAGUGACAAUGGUGACAACAGUGACAAAAGUAACAACGAUGACAAAAGUGAAAACGAUGACAACGAUGACAAAAGUGACAACAGUGAAAACGAUCACAACAGUGAAAACGAUGACAACGGUGACAACAGUGACAACAGUGACAACCAUGAGAACAGUGACAACGAUGACAACAGUGAGAACAGUGACAACGAUGACAACAGUGACAACGGUGACAACGGUGACAACAGUGACAACGGUGACAACAGUGACAACGAUGACAACAGUGGCAACGACGACAACGGUGACAACAGUGAGAACGAUGACAAAGGUGACAACAGUGAAAACGAUCACAACAGUGACAACGAUGACAACGGUGACAACAGUGACAACAGUGAAAACGAUGACAACACUGACAACACUGACAACGAUGACAACAGUGACAACGACGACAACGGUGAGAAAAGUGACAACGGUGAAAACAGUGACAACGAUGACAACAGUGGCAACGACGACAACGGUGACAACAGUGAGAACGAUGACAAAGGUGACAACAGUGAAAACGAUCACAACAGUGACAACGAUGACAACGGUGACAACAGUGACAACAGUGACAACAGUGACAACGGUGAAAACAGUGACAACGAUGACAACAGUGGCAACGACGACAACGGUGACAACAGUGAGAACGAUGACAAAGGUGACAACAGUGAAAACGAUCACAACAGUGACAACGAUGACAACGGUGACAACAGUGACAACAGUGACAACGAUGACAACAGUGACAACAGUGACAACGAUGACAACAGUGACAACCGCGACAACAGUAACAACAACAAGAACGGUCACAACGGUGACAACAAUGACAACAGUGAGAACCGUGACAACGGUGACAACAGUGAAGAGGGUGAUAACGGUGACAACAGUGAAAACAGUGACCACGGGGACAACAGUGACAACGGUAAAAAGAAUGACAAAAGUGAUAACAAUGACAACCGUGACAACGGUGACAACGGAACAACGGUGACAACGGUAACAACAGUGACAAUGGCGACAACGGUGACAACGUUGAAAACAGUGACACGGUGACAACGGUGACAACAGUGACAACAGUGACAACAGUGAAAACGGUGACAACAGUGGCAAAGGUGACAAUGUUGACAAGAGUGACAAUGGUGACAUCUGGUGACAACAGUGACAACAGUAACAAUUACGACAACGGUGACAACGGUGACAACAGUGACAACGAUGACAACAGUGACAACGAUGACAACGGUGACAACGCUGACAACGGUGACAACGCUGACAACGGUGACAACAGUGACAACGGUGACAGCAGUGACAACGGUGACAACAGUGACAACGAUGACAAAAGUGACAACGAUGACAAUGAUGAUAACAGUGACAACGGUGACAACACUGACAAUGAUGACAAGAGUGACAACGACGACAACGGUUACAACACUGAAAACGAUGACAACAGUGACAAAAGUCACAACGGCGACAACGAUGCCAACAGUGAGAACGAUUACAACAGUGACAACGGUGACAACAGUGACUACGAUGACAACGGUGACAACAGUGACAACGGUGACAACAGUGACAACAGUAACAACGAUGACAAAAGUGACAACGAUGACAACGGUGACAAAAGUGACAACGAUGACAAAGGUGACAACAGUGACAACGAUGACAACAGUGACAACGAUGACAACGGUGACAACAGUGACAACGGUGACAAAAGUGACAACGGUGACAACGGUGACAACAGUGACAACGAUGACAACAGUGACAACGAUGACAACGGUGACAACAGUGACAACGGUGACAACGGUGACAACGAUGACAACAGUGACAACGAUGACAACGGUGACAACAGUGACAACGGUGACAACAGUGACAACGGUGACAACAGUGACAACGGUGACAACAGUGACAACAGUGACAACGGUGACAACACUGACAAUGGUGACAACAGUGACAACGAUGACAACGGUGACAACAGUGACAACGGUGACAACAGUGACAAGGAUGACAACAGUGACAACUAUGACAACAGUGACAACGAUACCAACGGUGACAAAAAUGACAACGGUGACAAAGGUGACAACAGUGACAACGGUGACAACAGUGAGAACGAUUACAACAGUGACAACGGUGACAACAGUGACUACGAUGACAACGGUGACAACAGUGACAACGGUGACAACAGUGACAACAGUAACAACGAUGACAAAAGUGACAACGAUGACAACGGUGACAAAAGUGACAACGCUGACAACAGUGAAAACGAUGACAACGGUGACAACGAUGACAACGGUGACAACGGUAAAAACAGUGACAACGGUGACAACAGUGACAAUGAUGACAACAGUGACAACGAUGACAACAGUGACAACGAUGACAACAGUGACAACGAUGACAACGGUGACAACGGUGACAACAGUGACAAAGAUGACAACAGUGACAACGAUGACAACGGUGACAACAGUGACAACGGUGACAAAAGUGACAACGGUGACAACGGUGACAACAGUGACAACGAUGACAACAGUGACAACGAUGACAACGGUGACAACAGUGAUAACAGUGACAACGGUGACAACAGUGACAACGAUGACAACAGUGACAACGAUGACAACGGUGACAACCGUGACAACGGUGACAACGGUGACAACAGUGACAACGAGGACAACAGUGACAACGAUGAGAACGGUGACAACACUGGAAACGGUGACAACAGUGACAAUGAUGACAACAGUGACAACGGUGACAACGGGGACAACAGUGACAAUGAUGACAACAGUGACAACAGUGACAACGGCGACAAC